UGCUUCAGUGAUCAGAUGAGGAGCUCUUUCUCUUAAGUGCUAGGCAUAAAUUUGUGAGAAAGUCGUGCUGCAUCUCAGACGAGCAAGCGUGGCUAGAUUGUCUUCAUGCAAGACAUCCAUCGUGGCAUAGGCCCUGCAUGCAUAUUACAAGGAGUGUCAGAUAGCUAAUAAAAAAUUGUGUUUAUAAGUAACCUUCAUUGCGUGACACCAUAUUUACAUAUUACACCUUUAUUUACAGAUAUGUUUGUGCAUUACAUCUACAUUACUUUAUGCAGACCAUAUUGUAUUCCUGAGAUUUUAUUUUUUUAAAUAUAGUGACUUUGUCAUUUGUUACAAGUUAUAUUAGAACUUUUUUUCCCCUAGAAAUAAGGACACUGAAUUUAAGGUUCAUGUAAAUUAGUAUGUUUCUUAUAUAUUAAUAACUGGGAAUGGGAUUGUAAAAAUGGCUACUGGAUCUCUUAAAAAUUAAAUUUUAAUCAUUUGCCUUUCUAUAUUGUUUUGGGGAAGGAAGGGAGACAAGUACCAGGAUAAGCAAGCAUAGAGGAACAAGCAACAUAGCAGUGAAUUGUUAUUUAAUAUAAAUAAAACACUACAAAUUUUAUAAUUGAUCAGUUUAGUGCUUAAACUGUAUAAAAAUUUUCAUAGCAGUAGGGAUGUGGAAAGUUUAUAGUAAUUUUUUAGUGGUAAUGUGCAAAUAAAAUACAAAUUUAACUGUUUGUAAUAACUUAAAGAGUGCCUUUUAGUAAGUUACAUUCAUCAUGUAUGUGCACAUGCCUUUAAUAAUUAUUUUUAGGACUUAUGGGUGUAGUGAUUGUAUGGGUGCAUGGGAUAUGUCUACCUGUUGUUUAGUUCAUAUGCUGCCAGCUAAGAAAUUUCUAUCUCUGUUGCACUGAAUUAGAAAAUGAAGAUGUAACAAUCAUUUGUAAACUUUCAUUCAAGACUAGCCACUAGCUACCUGUCUUUGCCUAGAUUAAUUUCCGAUACAAAUUCUUCCAACGUUUGAGUUAUUAAUUCAUUUGGGCGAAGCUUAUUCAUGCACAUUUCAUAUUGUUGAAAUAAUAAGACAUUUGUACUCUUGAUUGUCCAGUUUGUCCCUAAUUUGCUGACAGGCUGACAUGCUGGGCAAUGGGGUCACAACACUCUAAGUGCAACUGCCACAACUCCCACCCUUCCCCUUCUCUCCUUUCCUGUCAAUCAUUCACUCUCACUUAGGGUGCUAUCUCAGAUUACAACAUUGUGCUGCAGAGUGAAAAUGGAGAAAGAUGGGGGAGCAGCAUCAGAAUCAGAGGAGAGGACAGAAGCUGACAGAACUCAUAUGACAGACAUGGAAGGGCUGCCAGAGUGUAUUGUGGCUGAGGUUAAGACAGAAGUAAUCAGCCUGCCUGGUGACACUUUGACCAUUGCACCACAACAGUAUAUUAUUCUUGCCCGCAAUGACUCUGAGGAUGGAACAACUCUUGAGCCUACAUCUAAAUAUAUUCGACUAGAAGGAGAUGAUGGACAGACGUAUGUCCUUGCGGUGACAGUUGCGGAUUCUGUCUGUUCAGAGGACUCGGGUGCAUUGGGUCAAGUGCAGGUGAAGACAGAUGAUGAAAGUGCAAUCACAGCUGCAGCCAUUUCUGCAGAAAAGUCUGGUUGUGCUGGAGAUUCUGCUGCUUCUUCCGAUAGUGAAAAACAGUCAGCAGCAGCAGCAUCUUCAUUGGUAGCUGAAGGCGUCAACCAAACCUGGUUCACCACUCGUGAUGACAAGCAUGCCUACCAGAAAGGAGGACAUCGGUGGAAACAAGGACAGUGGACACAAGAAGAGAUUGAUCUUUUGCAGAAUAAUAUUACCCAGUACUGCAAGGAUGAAAAUAUAUCUGACCCAAGAGAGAUCAUUUUUGAGAUGACCAAGGAUGAACGGAAAGAUUUUUACCGGACAAUUGCUAGAGGACUGCAGCGUCCUUUGUUUUCUGUGUAUCGUCGAGUGACGCGCAUGUAUGACCAGAAAAAUCACAUGGGAAAAUACACCCAAGAUGAAAUAAAAAAAUUGAGAGAACUGCGAGCAAAACAUGGAAAUGACUGGGCAGCUAUUGGCCUAGCACUAGGACGCAGUGCAUCAUCUGUAAAGGACAAAUGUCGACUGAUGAAGGACAACUGUAACUCAGGAAAGUGGUAUCCUGAAGAAGAAAGGCGGCUGGCACAGGCAAUCUACAAUCUCACUGGCAUAAAACCUAGUGAGAGUAUUACACAAGGCUUGUCAUGGGCUGCUGUAGCAGAUCAGGUGGGCACGCGGUCAGAAAAGCAGUGUCGCACUAAAUGGCUCAAUUACCUCAACUGGAAACAGCAGGGAGGUGCUGACUGGACUCGUCAAGAUGACCUAACACUAAUUCAAAAGAUUUCUAAACUGAAUGUGAGUAAUGACACUGAAAUUGACUGGAAUGAGCUUGCCAAGAACUGGACAAGUGUGCGAUCACCUCAAUGGCUUCGCGGAAAGUGGUGGUCUCUGAAGAGGCAUGUAUCUGGUUAUCAGCAUCUCUCAUUUCAAGACCUUUUAGAUUCUCUUCUAGCCAUGCAGUAUCAGAAUGUCAAGAUGAAGAGUGCAAUGAGAGUGACAAGAGUUGAUAUCCCUUCAUCUGGUGCUGCUGGUGAGAUGGCAUUACACAUACCUGUCUCACUUCAAGCAGUUUUGGAUGAUUCAGGUCUGGACAGUGGAGGUGAGGACAGUGAGAGUUUUCAGGCAUUUGAAGUGCUGCAGCAGUGGACUCCAUCCUCCUCCACAGCUUUCCUCAUUACUCAGCCCUGCAUCAAUACCACAACCACAUCACCUUCUUCAUCCCAAGUAGAUGCAACUCCUGGGUUAGGGGGAGACCAUAUCAUUGUUCAGGCCUUGCCUGUUGUGCAGGACAGUAGUAAAAUGGAAAAUGUGAAGGUGCAGCUGAACCCACAGCCACAGCAGGUGAUCAUCAGAACAAGUGAACAUGAAGGAGUGACAGAGCUUGAUCAGUCUCUAACCAUACACCUCCCUGAUGGUUUAUCGCACAGUGAACGAAUUUUAGCAGAAGAUGAAAGCAUAGCAGGAGAAGCCAGUAUGGACGAAGAUGACUUAACAACAGGAACUCAUAUCAGGGACCAACAGAUUAUCGAUUCCGAGUCUUCAUAUGAAGUGCAGGUGGUGAGUGGCUCUGUGAUGGCUGGAAGUGUUGGUGGUGUGGAAAUGGAGGAAGCUGUGGUGUCAGGUGGUGAUCUGGUGAUAGGGUGUGGAGCAGUGUCAUCACCACCACACUUUAUGCAGUCAUCCAGCAAUGAUGCUGAAAUCAUGACUAGUCUUUCAGAUCCAAUCCUUACUUCAAACGAAGCUGAUCUCAUGGGAAACUCUUCUGAUUUGGAGUCAGAAAAGGUUCAUGGCCAUGGGCUUGGGGAUGACUUGCAAUGAAAUAUUUAUGCAGUGUGCAACAAGAACAGUGGAUUCUAAGAAUCCAGGCUUCCAGCAGAGAACUCUUAAAUCUCAUUUGCUAUCCUAUUUGAAGUGUUGGGCAUUAUCAAUUGCACGAUCAGAUCUCCCAAAACCAGAGCAGUUUAUUUUGCAUGUGACAUUUUCUUUGUUGUUUUCUCACAUUUUUAGAACAGACACACUUGCCUCUUGGCCAUACAUGAUCCUGGCUGUGUGUGUGAAUCUCAUAUUUCACAAUAAUAGGGGUCGGGGAAAGAACUUCCUAGGUGAUUCAUCUGUUUCCCAUAAUGCUGUGUAAGCUUUUCAUUGCAAAAAGUAUCUUUUGUUUUGAGACUGGGCCUUUCCCAAUGAUUAACGAAUUAGUCAUUGGUGGAUUGUCAGACCAUAGCUGCACAUUUCUGAUUGCUAUCUGGAACAUGCUUUUGUUGGGCAUUUCUCAUCAAGGCAAAAGAAUAUGCUUUAUGGGGUUUAAAACUCGAGGUAUGUUGACUGCCUUUGUUAUAUAUUACCUCCCUUUCACAACAGAUCUUUUAUUUAAAGACAGUCUUAAUUUACUCUUAAGAGCUAUGUAACCAUUUCUGUGGUAUGCUAUUUUUUUGCACAACCCUUUCUUAAGUACAUCCUGUAGCAAGACUAACAAAGUAUUCUUGCAUUUUUCACUUGCCACCUGUACAUAAAAACACUUCCAAUAUCCUUGUAAAACUGUGACAGUAGUAUUUAGACAACAUCAGAUGAGCACAGAUUUUUUUUUCUUGUAUGAUGGCUGUCAUACCCAACUAAACGCUGUGAUAAAUUGAAGCAUUUGUUCACAGGUCCUUGAAUUUUCCCCAGAGUUUAGUGCACAGGUGCUCAGACCUUGUUUAGAGUCCAGGGUUAAGUAAAUAUGGAGAUGACAGUGGAGAAUAUACCUGCAUUAAAGGCACAUCUCUUUUCCUUUUCACUGUAAUGGACUCAUGUAAUUUAUUACUCUCUCUAAAAUGUGCAUGUAAAAAACCCGAAUUGUGCAUCAAGCAGGUAUAAUAUGUUGCUUUUCUUUCAAUGUUGACACAUUUUUCUAGAAGGAUACCACCAGUCUAGCAUGACAUGGGAUGAAAACAGAAACUUUACCACUUUUAUACUAGUCACUUCUUUGCAUGUUUACUUUUGCUGUUUUGUGUGGUAGACAUAAGAACGUCAUUGUUAUGUUUUUAAAACUAGUUUUGGAGAUCUUACUUACAUGCAAGAUGAGUUUUAUUGAAAGUCGAUAUUUCAAACACUUCAUCAAUGCAGAAUAUUUAUUUUGAUCGCAUUAUGUCAUGGAUAUAUUUUUCAUUGUUGCACAUCAGAUAGCAAAGCUUUCUUUGCUCCUCCUUAUUUCUGAGAAUUUCUCCUAAUUUUCAUACACAAAUUGCUACACAAGUGUCUUUCAGAGUUUUUCAACUGCCUCUGCGAAUUACCAGUUAGCACACUGCUUGUGAAAGGAUCAAGAUUUUUCUUUUUUUUUUUUUUUUUUUUUUUUUUUUUUUUUUUGUUUUGUUAUUGGAAAGAUUGCCUCACAUUUUGCUCCAAAGAAUCUGGGUGUUACUGUACUAUAUUGUUACGAGUGUUCUGUGAAUAAAUUCAUUCCAGACAUA